AACCCUAAUAUCUUUCAGUAUCCUGUUCCAAUGAAGACCUUAAUCGUCUCUUACUUCCACCGUUCCCCUUUUUUUGCAGUAAAGCCUCAGCCUUUUUCUCCCCCCAGUUAUAAGCCUUAAUCGUUUCCCCCACCGCCCCACUUUCCUAAUUUGUUUCUGCCUUUACAUCUGGUCAGUUUCUACCAUUUCGAGUUCAAACAUUCAUCUGGGUGUGGCUUGAUUUUAUUGGCGUUUGAUAUUGGUUCUUUUGGGUGCGGCCUGUUGUUCAAUUCAGAGUUAACUUUAUUUUUUUGUGCCUGUUGGGGACACGAAAAAUGGGUCCUAAUGGGAUGGAAGAUCUUAAGAAUCCUUUAUUACAGUCCCCAGAUUCUAUUGCAAUCACCAUACCUGAAUCUGUUGAUAAAAGGACUCGGACGGUCAUGCUCAAAAUAGGCAAUAUCAAGUGUGCAUCUUGUGCCACCUCCAUAGAAUCUGUGUUAAGAGGGCUUAAUGGUGUCAAGAAUGUUACAGUGUCUCCACUUCGAGGUCAAGCUGCAAUUCAAUAUAUUCAGAAGGUCAUCACAGCAAAAAAGUUAAAAGAAACCAUAGAGAAUGCAGGUUUUCCAGUCCAUGAGGUUCCAGAGCAAGAAAUAGUUGUAUGCCGUUUGCGAAUUAAAGGAAUGGUUUGCACCAGUUGCUCUGAGGCUGUUGAACGUGCCCUUCAAAUGGUUAACGGGGUGAAAAAAGCAGUGGUUGGUCUAGCUCUUGACGAAGCUAAGGUUCACUUUGAUCCAAACCUUGUUGAUACUGAUGACAUCAUUGAUGCAGUAAAAGAUGCUGGAUUUGGAGCUGAUCUUAUUAGCUCUGGAAAUGAUGAGAACAAAGUGCAUCUAAAGCUUGAUGGAGUUAAUUCUUUGGACGACGUGAAAACUAUUCAAUCUUCCCUUGAGUCGUUUCACGGUGUGAAUCAUGUAGAAAUGGAGCUGGUAGAAAAUAAGGUAACAGUUACCUAUGACCCAGACCUCACUGGUCCAAGAACUCUCAUGCAUUGCAUACAAGAAGCUGGUGGUUGCUCCAAAUCCUACCAGGCCGUCUUGUAUGUAUCACCGAGUAGAAGAGAAACAGAGAGGCAGCAUGAAAUUAAGAUGUACAGAAAUGAGUUCUUGUUCAGCUGCCUGUUUUCAGUUCCAGUGUUUAUAUUCUCCAUGGUGCUUCCAAUGCUUCCUCCUCUUGGGGACUGGUUAGAAUACAAGAUAUACAACAUGCUCACAAUUGGUGUGCUUCUAAGGUGGAUUCUUUGCACACCAGUGCAGUUUGUCACUGGUAGAAGAUUUUAUGUGGGAUCAUACCAUGCACUGAGACGAAGAUAUGCUAAUAUGGAUGUUUUAGUUGCGAUGGGCACAAAUGCUGCAUAUUUUUACUCUGUAUAUGUAGCAAUUAAAGCAUUCAUUUCAGAUACAUUUGAAGGGGAAGACUUUUUUGAGACCAGCGCAAUGUUGAUAUCCUUUAUUCUCUUCGGCAAAUAUUUGGAGGUUAUAGCUAAAGGAAGGACUUCGGAGGCUUUAGCCAAGCUCACAGACCUUGCUCCUGAUAUGGCUCAUUUGUUAACACUCGAUAGUAAUGGAAAUGUCAUCUCUGAGACAGAAAUUAGCACUCAACUGAUACAAAGGAAUGACAUUAUUAAGAUUGUUCCUGGGGAAAAAGUUCCUGUAGAUGGGAUUGUCACUGAUGGUCAAAGCUAUGUAAAUGAGAGUAUGAUAACUGGAGAGGCAAGGCCAAUUGCUAAAAAACCUGGUGACAAGGUUAUUGGUGGAACAGUGAAUGAGAAUGGAUGCUUAUUGGUUAAGGCCACUCAUGUUGGGUCAGAGACUGCACUUUCUCAAAUUGUUCAACUUGUUGAAGCUGCUCAGCUUGCUCGGGCUCCUGUACAGAAACUUGCUGACAAGAUUUCGAAGUUUUUUGUUCCAGCAGUUGUUUUAGCCGCACUCAUAACAUGGAUGGGAUGGUUUAUCCCUGGUGUUCUUGGCCUUUAUCCUAGACACUGGAUUCCAAGAGGCAUGGAUAGAUUUGAACUUGCACUACAAUUUGGUAUUUCAGUGCUAGUCGUUGCUUGCCCUUGUGCUUUAGGACUUGCGACUCCUACAGCAGUAAUGGUUGCAACUGGAAAGGGUGCCUCGCUAGGUGUUCUCAUCAAGGGUGGAGAUGCACUUGAGAAAGCACAUAAGGUGAAAACAAUUGUGUUUGAUAAGACUGGAACACUGACAGUUGGGAAGCCAAAAGUUGUAAGUGUAAUGCUCUUUUCAAGUAUAUCUAUGGAAGAUUUCUGCAAUGUGGCUACCGCUGCUGAGGCAAAUAGUGAACAUCCUAUAGCAAAAGCUGUAGUUGAGCAUGGAAGAAAAUUGGGUCAGUCGUCUGGAUCAAAUGCUCAGUUUUUUGAAGGAGCUAAGGACUUUGAGGUGCAUGCUGGAGCUGGGGUGACUGCAAAAGUUGGGGACAAAAUGGUCUUGGUUGGGAACAAAAGGCUAAUGCAGACUUAUAAUAUUCCUGUUUGUUAUGAGGUUGAGAACUAUAUUUCAGAGAACGAGCAGCUUGCUCGAACAUGCGUGCUAGUUGCCAUUGACGGAAAGGUUGCUGGAGCUCUUGCUGUAACGGAUCCAGUGAAGCCAGAAGCUAUGCGUGUAAUAUCUUAUCUCCAUUCAAUGGGAAUCUCAAGCAUCAUGGUAACAGGUGAUAAUUGGGCUACUGCAGGUGCCAUAGCAAAGGAAGUUGGAAUAGAGAAGGUGGUUGCUGAAACAGAUCCACUUGGAAAAGCAGAAAGGAUCAAAGAUUUACAGAUGAAAGGGAACAAAGUUGCUAUGGUGGGGGAUGGAAUAAAUGACUCACCUGCUCUUGUUGCUGCUGAUGUUGGCAUAGCAAUCGGUGCUGGUACUGAUGUGGCCAUAGAGGCAGCUGAUGUAGUUCUUAUCAAAAGCAACCUGGAAGAUGUAAUCACAGCAAUAGAUCUCUCUAGAAAGACCAUUUCUCGUAUUCAUCUAAACUACGUUUGGGCCCUUGGUUAUAACAUACUUGGUUUGCCAGUUGCUGCUGGAAUCUUGUACCCUUUUACUGGUAUUCGUUUACCACCUUGGCUUGCUGGUGCUUGCAUGGCUGCCUCCUCUGUCAGCGUAGUUUGCUCUUCUCUCUUGUUGCAGUCGUAUAAGAAGCCUCUGCAAAGUUCAUCAAGAUAAUGAAGAACAAGCUCCCCAACCCACAUUGACCUAACUGCUCAUAGCUUGGUAGUCUUCAGCUAAUCUCACAGCAAGUAGCUAUGUACAUACACAUGCAGAAGGUCUUUUAACUCCCAUUCUUUUCACUAAACUUUCAAAGAUGAUUCCUUGAAAGAUUACUACGUUUAAGUUGCAUCCCUUAGAAAAUUGAAUUGCCAUUUAAUAGUAACAAUUAAAUAGUGGUUCUGAAU